AUGAAGUCUAUCGUGUUCCGGGUCGCAUUUUUGGCUAUUGCCGCCUCAGUCAAUGCUCAGGAUUCCGAUUCGAGUGCUGAAGUAACGACGACUACUACAACGGCAUGUGCCGCUCAGAAUAUUCUCGAUACUUGUCUUUCUACAACUGAAAGCUAUGUCAGCCUUUGCGCGACGACAGAUUAUAUGUGUCUAUGCGACAAGUAUACCGCUAUCAUGACUUGCUUCAACAACUGUCCCAACGACAGCCGACAAGCGACCUACCAACAACAGAAGGACUCCUACUGCAUGAACGCCAGUCUCUAUGCCACUACCUCAGGAAAUCGCACCGUCAGUCGCAGCAUUUCCACUACCUCGUCCCCAGUUACUACCACCAGCGCCACAAACGAAGGAAACGUUAAAACGGCCGACAUUACGGCCACUGCCAGUACCCCCACAGCUACGGAAGCGGCACAGAGCAGCAGCAACGGCGGGGACGAGCAGCGGAUGAGCAACCCCGGGGGUCUGCUUGCGGCUUUCGCAGGAGUUCUUGCUGCUCUUCUAUAAGCGAUCUUAUCUGCCAUAUAUCAUUAGGAACAUCAUGUGAUUUGAAAAAAAUAUCUUCUUGGGUUUUUUUGAGGGAUUGGUUGGUUGGAUGAUUGGGAUGUUUUAUUUAGGGAGCUUGAUAGCUUGAAAGGGAGCCAACACGUCGCUUCGUUAAUGUAAACCGGGCGGCGCUAUGUUUCUUGUGUUUUUAUUU